CGGUGGAGUUUUUUGGCUUCUGGCGCUGCGCUCGCACUGCGUCCAAGCAUUCCCAGUUUCUCAGCUGCGACGGCUGGUUGUCCUCACGAUUAGGAGCAGAUCUGCUGCAGACUAUAGUCGGUAGUCAAGUUUCAAAUACGAGUCGGUUUUUGGUUUUGUAAGCUCUGCGCGUAUUCGAGUUUUGUUUUGACUCGAGCUCGGCUGGAGUUUCGGUUUGCCAGGACAGAGCUGGGAAAGGGCUUCUGUACCCGCCGCCAGCUGGCUCUAUCGAAGAAGAAUCGACGAAGAAGAAGGGAGCUGGCGAAACGGAUACAAAACUCAAGUUGGAUCGGUAAUCGCCAGCCCGGCCAUAAACAACACAAGGGAGCACAGUCGCAUACGCAUACGCAUACGCAUACGCGUCUCUAAUGCCUUAUCAGUAGCAGGCAUCGUCGAGUGUCGUAGGAAGAGUCCGACAAAGGCCGACCUUUACCACUCAAUUUGGAUCUGAUGUGCCAUUCUCGCGCUGUCUCGUAAAUUAAUGUCAUAAAUUAACUUUAGAUUUUUUCCGCUAACCGGUGGUCGCCAGCGGUCCGAAACCGCCUUUGCCAUCGAGAUACAGGGGAGGUCGGUCCCCCAUCAAUACAAAUAUCCUACCUGUCGCCGAGUCAAGUGUUUUAGUGAGUGUGUGACCCUAAGUUCCUUAAAUUACCUUGAUGCUAAAGAGAAAGUUAUAAUAUAAGCGGCAGUAAAUUUGUAGUUUGUGCAAUAAGAAAAGGCAAUCCAAUGGUGUCAAUCUCUAAGACAACGCGGAAGUGAUGCAUGUCUGCAAAGUUAUAGAUCACGUUGUGCGCACAUUUGUUUUCGGCGAGCCUAGCCGACCAUCUAAUUGUGACCAGUGUCAAGUGCCCCUUAGCACAUCCAGCCCGGGUCUAGAGGAUUACCCAGGACCAACGUAGCACCGCAGCCCGUUUAAGGAGGCAUAAGGCUCGCAAAACACAACGCAAAGCCCAAACAACGACAAACAUAACACGACCGACGGACAUCAUCCUUGGAAAUAGACCUCGUGUCAUUCCAAAAGACGCACAUGGGCGUCUGCACCGAGGAGCGCCCUGUGAUGCAUUGGCAGCAGAGCGCAAGAUUUCUUGGGCCCGGCGCAAGGGAGAAAAGUCCAACACCACCUGUAGCACAUCAAGGGAGCAAUCAAUGUGGCAGUGCUGCAGGUGCAAAUAACAAUCACCCAUUGUUCCGCGCUUGCUCCUCAUCCUCGUGUCCAGAUAUUUGUGAUCAUAGUACAAAGCCAUUUGGCAACGCUUACGGCACCGACUCAUUUAGAAGCUACGAAACAGCCGAUCGUGCUACCUUUGAGGACUCUGCCGCCAAAUUCUCGAUCAGCCGCAGUCGAACAGACUGCACGGAGGUCAGCGACGAGACGACGUCGGGCAUAUCAUUCAAAACCGAACCCUUCGGACCGCCCAGCAGUCCCGAGUCCACAAACGAUAGCAAAAUAACGCGCAACCUCGACGACUGCUCCGGCUGCGGGCGGCAAAUACAGGAUCGCUUCUACCUCUCCGCUGUGGAAAAACGGUGGCAUGCAAGUUGCCUACAGUGCUAUGCCUGUCGGCAACCGCUGGAACGGGAAUCCUCAUGCUACUCACGUGACGGCAACAUUUAUUGCAAAAACGAUUAUUAUAGUUUUUUUGGAACUCGCCGAUGCUCGCGCUGCCUGGCUUCUAUCAGCUCAAAUGAGCUGGUCAUGCGCGCCCGAAAUCUUGUCUUUCACGUCAACUGCUUUUGUUGCACUGUCUGUCACACGCCACUGACGAAGGGAGACCAGUACGGUAUCAUCGACGCCCUCAUAUACUGCAGGACCCACUACAGUAUAGCGAGGGAGGGGGAUACCGCCUCAUCCAGUAUGAGCGCCACCUACCCGUACAGCGCCCAGUUCGGCUCGCCGCACAACGACUCCUCGAGCCCGCACUCGGACCCUAGUCGGAGCAUUGUUCCUACGGGCAUCUUUGUGCCCGCGUCCCACGUAAUCAACGGACUGCCGCAGCCGGCCCGUCAAAAGGGCAGGCCCCGCAAGCGCAAGCCCAAGGACAUCGAGGCGUUCACCGCUAACAUAGAUCUCAACACUGAGUACGUGGACUUUGGCCGAGGCUCGCACCUAAGCUCUUCAUCGCGCACCAAACGAAUGCGCACCUCGUUUAAGCAUCACCAGCUGCGUACCAUGAAGUCCUACUUUGCCAUUAAUCAUAACCCUGAUGCGAAGGAUCUAAAACAAUUGUCACAGAAAACUGGUUUACCAAAGAGGGUCCUACAGGUCUGGUUUCAAAAUGCAAGGGCCAAAUGGCGACGCAUGAUGAUGAAGCAGGAUGGCAGCGGGCUACUAGAGAAGGGCGAAGGCGCUCUGGACCUCGACAGCAUCUCCGUGCACAGUCCUACGUCAUUUAUAUUGGGAGGACCGAACAGUACUCCGCCACUUAACUUGGACUAACGGAUGCUCAGGAAAAGCGAAAACAAAAUAAUAGUGUCAAAGGAACUAGGCGCUGCAAUCACCUCCGACAUCAUACGUUCUUAUGCCAGUUGUCUAUUCGCGUGCCUCAUUUCUAGUCCCGAGCCCAGUUUGAGUACUGGAUCCGGAGAUUUGUCUAGAUCAAGCCCGGCUAACUCUUGAAGGCUAUGGGCUCGUCGGAUAGGAAUCAAUUUUUAAAGCAUGCUUUGUGUACAACAUCAAAGGAUUGAUUCAUGCAUACGUACAACGCCUCGGAAAGGAUUGACUAACAAAUGGCUGGCAGUUAAAAUGCACAAAAAUUAUUUAUUUUUGUAAUUGCCUCUUGACCGUAUCCAGCACUACACGUCUCUUCCUUGUCCCAUGUUGUUUCUAUAGUUUUAUUGUUCACUUGUAAAUAUGUAAUGUAAUCACUUUAUUUCAAACGACCCAUAUUAACUUGGCUACCCCCGUAUUUUGUAUUCUUUUAAAGCGCAGAAUAUCAAUUCGAAUAUAUAAUUGACCUACCGGUCAAUAUUGUAAAACAUUAAAAAUAUGAAUCAAAAGAAGGUGGAUUCUUUUUAAAAUGACCAUUACCGCUUUUUCUAAAGCUAUUAUAGUAAUAAAUAAAACAGCACUUAGUUAAAUUACAAUUUGUUUUGAUCAUUUUUCUAAAGUAUUUCUAUCAUUUUGCUUGUUAAGUUACUCAACGUAAAAAUACCAAACAGCAAAAUGUGUGAUAUCUUCAUCUUAUAAUGAUCGAUCUUAUAAGGUCGUAUAAAAGCCAAACGGCAUUUCCGUCUGACCUGCAAGGAUUCUUACCCUGAUCUUAUACCCAAAUAGAACAAGGAAAACACGUUUGUUUAGUGACAUGACUACAAAAUACCCGUUACAUUUUAAAAUACAUUUUCCUUUCCUGUCCUUCAUCAUAUGUAUUGGCCACUGGCAAUGUUGUCACCAAGCUUUCACCUUCUGGAUAGGUAAAAUAAAUUUGCUGUACAUAGAUGCCAAUUUACGGUGCACAAGCGGAACAAAAAUAGAUAUCAAAUUCUUUUGCUUUUCUAGUAGGGGAAAAUGAUCCUUAUCAAGAAUUAAUGCUUAUUUUUACCUGUAACAUACUCUUCUAAAGCAGGUUAGUAUACCCCCAUACUCUAUGAGAAACGGAACCGAUUGUGAGCUAUAGCCGUCAUCUUAAAUGAACACAUAUACAUACCUUCAGCAAUACAACAGCUCCAUCUUUUUUUGAUUCAUAAAAGUAUAAUCGAUGAGAUUAAACAUUUGAUGGCGUAUAUAGGUCAAGUUUACAUACUUAGAGUAUAGUGCCCAAAACGCGCUUUAAAAAUAUUAAAAACGGGUUGUUAAAGAAGUCCCAUGGAUACAUGGAUAUUGUUAAUAUAUUAUUAUUUUAUUUAAAGAGUUCGCAACCAUAUGUAUGAAGAAAUGUGCGUAAAUAAACUUAUAAUGAAAUGCUGA